AAAGAACAGAAACCAUGUGGCAACGUCAACAAUUAUUUUAUGGAAUUUAAGCAGAGACGGUUGGCAACACCAACCCGACCGUAUGACAGUUCGAUUAUUUGACAUAUUCGUGCGAAAGACCGCCAAAUGCUAUUAUUGUUAUUAACCAUUAGUCUUAACAUUAGUGCAAAUAGAUUUAUAAAAUAAAUAUUUAAAUAAAAUGGUUGAAGAAAGUGCAGAAAAAGUUGUCCGUAUGCCAUGGGUAGAAAAAUAUCGACCGGCGAAAUUGGACGAUUUGAUUUCACAUGAAGAAAUUAUUUCUACAAUUAAUAGAUUCAUCAAUCAAAAACAGCUGCCCCACCUGUUGUUUUAUGGACCUCCAGGCACAGGAAAGACAAGUACAAUAUUAGCGUGUGCGAAGCAACUUUACACUCCAGCUCAGUUUAAAUCCAUGGUACUUGAAUUAAAUGCAUCUGAUGAUCGUGGCAUUAAUAUAGUGCGUGGUCAAAUACUUAAUUUUGCUUCUACGCGAACGAUUUUCAGUGGUACAUUUAAAUUGAUUAUAUUGGACGAAGCUGAUGCCAUGACCAAUGAUGCACAGAAUGCCUUGCGUCGUAUCAUUGAAAAGUACACAGAAAAUGUACGAUUUUGUGUUAUUUGCAAUUAUCUGAGCAAAAUUAUUCCUGCCGUGCAGUCGCGUUGUACGCGUUUUCGUUUUGCACCAUUGUCCCCAGAGCAGAUAUUACCUCGAUUGGAUAAAAUUGUUGAAAUGGAAAAGCUAAAUGUCACUGAAGAUGGUAAAAAAGCGCUAAUGACUCUGUCCAAAGGUGAUAUGCGUAAAGUGCUUAACGUACUGCAAAGUACAUCAAUGGCAUUUGAUAUCGUCAAUGAGGAUAACGUUUACACUUGCGUUGGUCAUCCUUUGCGCAAAGACAUUGAACAUAUUUUGCAAACUUUAAUGUCAACAGAGAAUUUUGAAACUGCUUAUAAUGGUAGGCAUAAAUUACACAUGUUUAAUAAUAAUUGGCGAACCAUUCAUAUUAUUUUUUUAUUACUUUUAGAAAUACAAGGUAUCAAAUCGGUUAAAGGCUUGGCUUUGGAAGAUAUACUAACUGAACUACAUCAAUUUGUUAUGCGAAUUGAAAUUCCAAUGAGCGUGAUGAACAAAUUAAUUAUUAAAUUGGCUAGCAUUGAAGAACGUCUCGCAAAAGGCUGCAGUGAAGGUCCUCAAACAACAGCAUUAGUUUCAGCAUUUUUUAUUUGUCGCGAAAUGGUUACAAUGGAAAGUUAAGUGUAUUGAAAAAUUUAUAGUAUUAAGAAAUUAUCAAAACAAACGAUUACAACUAUUAAAAAUU